UGGUUUCUAUAUAAUCCACAACAGACCCUUCUUCAAAAACCUCUUUCCCCUUCACUCAUCUUCUCUUCCUUAUCUCCUUAACAAAAAUCUUUAUUUAUCUUCUAUCUCCUCUGUUUUUGCAUCUUCUCCACAGCAAAACAUCUUCAUUACCUCUCCUCUGUUUUAAUAUUUUCUUCUUUCUCUGUUCUGUCAUCAUCAUAACACAAAAACAUAUUCACACCGUUCCUCGCCGAGGAAAAAACAUAACAACCAAGUCUUUGAUGUUCGGAAACUGAUGACUCCGGUUCUCUGCGAAAUCCUGCUCUCUGGGCUCACGGUUAAAUCUGCUCUCCGCCGUAGAACCCAUCUCGUUCAAUCUUUCUCCGUCGUCUUCCUCUACUGGUUUUACAACGUUUCAUGAAUUGUUACAAACUCCGAAUCUAAAUCAUAAAAUUAAAACUACAUACAAUAUUCAUUAAUUUUCAGACAACAUCCAAAAAAAAAACAUAAAGAUCUGUCCUUUUAUUGUAAUUUUUCUUGUUUUUAAAAAAUAUCAAUGGCGUCAUCAAGCAGCACGUACCGGAGCUCUAGCUCUUCCGACGGCGGUAACAACAACCCAUCAUCAGACUCCGUCGUCACCGUCGACGAACGAAAACGUAAAAGAAUGCUAUCGAACCGUGAAUCUGCACGUAGGUCAAGGAUGCGUAAACAGAAACACGUUGACGAUCUAACGGCUCAGAUCAAUCAGCUUUCGAACGACAACCGUCAGAUCUUGAACAGCCUCACCGUGACGUCUCAGCUUUACAUGAAGAUCCAAGCCGAGAACUCUGUUCUCACCGCUCAGAUGUCUGAGCUUAGCACCAGGCUCCAUUCUUUGAACGAGAUCGUUGAUCUCGUGCAAUCCAACGGUGCAGGAUUUGGUGUUGACCAGAUCGACGGCUGUGGUUUCGAUGAUCGUACGGUUGGGAUUGACGGAUAUUACGAGGAUAUGAUGAGUGGUGUUAAUCAUUGGGGUGGUUCGGUUUACUCUAACCAACCCAUCAUGGCUAAUGAUAUCAAUAUGUAUUGAUUAAUAAAUUAAUUAAGGAUUAGUAUUAUUAUUAUUGUUGCCCCUCCUUUUUUGUUUUUUUAAGUUUAGCUUUUUGUUUUUUUGGGUUGGUGUGAUGAUGUAAUUAUAGUACAUGCAUCUUUGAUUGGUUGGAAGGAUAAAUAUCAACUUUAUAAAUAUAUUUGGGGCAUAUAUAUGAGUUGUAUACUUUUGUCAUGUAUUGGUGUGUGUUCUGUUAUAAUUAUAUGAUUGAUUAUGUUUAUGUUAUCA